AUGAGCCCAGCUGAGCGACCUGCCCAGCCUAUAGUAGGAGCAGCCGAACAGGCUGCUCCGGAUCAGAUGGCAGCAGGGACCUCAGGGGCGCUGAGGGGCGACUUUGGAGAGGUCGACACUAUUCCCCCAGCCCUGGCUCAAAAAGAUGUUGACGAGCUGGCGGAAAAAUACGAAAUUCCGGCCCAGUUUGAGCCCAGGGCCGCCCGUCCAGGGGAGGUCGCCAGCCGACCUCCCCCUGGCUUCGUGGCGAUCUACAGGGACCAAUUGAUGGCUGGCCUCCGUCUGCCCAUCCCCAACUUCCUCUUCUUCAUUCUUACCUUCUGGGGUAUUCGCAUAACCCAGGUCAUCCCCAACGCUGUUCGCUCUAUCAUAGGCUUUUUCAUCCUCUGCCGAGCACUCGAAAUCCCUUUUUCUCUUGACCUAUUUCGAGCCUUCUUCCAGAUGAAGGUCAGCGGGAAGGUGCCUGGGUGGUUCUACUUCGCCCGACGAAGUGGAACGAAAACCCCCACCCGCGAGGUGUUUACGGGGGCACCUUCCUCCAUCAAGGACUGGAAGCCUCAGUUCUUCUUUGUGAAGAACCUAGGUUUUCCUCCCCUUACCUGGAGAGCAGAGACUCAAGUCUCAGAUCCCAUUCCGUCCCCGCUCCCCGUGUCCGAGCUGAGCCGCCUACUCAGCUCGGACACGAAGCUGGACGUGAAGGAGUUCAGCAAUGGCCAGCUUUGGGCGGCGGGGCUGAUCCGAGCUAGCUCCUCGGAUCCUUCCUUAGAGGAUAGGCCACUCUCGACAGACGAGCUGGACGUCUUGAAGCGGUUUUCCUCACUUCUAUCCAUUGGCGGCAGCAGCAACCCGGGCGCCGCUACUCAGACUCCGUCGGCCAUCCCAGCCAGCUCGGUGCCUGCUCCCGUACCUCAGCCAGCUCCCGCCCAAUCCUCCAAGGCGGUUGAGGCUGGGAAGAAAAAGAAAAAGAAGACCACUGCUAAGAGAGCCAGGGUGGAAACGCCCUCGUCCCCAGCUCGGGAGGAGAGGCCAACACCCGAGCCCGCCCAAAGCGGCCACUACGGCGUGAACACCGUCGAAGAGCAAGCCCGCGCUGAAGCUCCUCCAAACCUGUGGCAACGCCAAAGCUCCCUGCUCUUCGACCCCCAGACGCAGCUGACGACGCACCAACACCCUAUGCACUUCUGCCCCCAGUGGAAGCUAUCCAUAAACGACCGAGCUCAGUUCCCAGACGCAGCUCGGGAGCUUAUCCAGGGCGCCAUCCUUCCACGCGACUUCAACUUGACCAGGCCCAAUGGAGCGGCCAACGAGAAGUUGCUCAGCCAGAACGCAGCAGCUGUGGCCGAAGCUGAAGGCCUGAAGAAGCAGCUCGCGCAAGUCCACACAAACUUCGAGCUAGAACUGAAGAAAAACGCCGAUCUAACCUCACAGCUGAAAGGGGAACAGCAAAAGGCAGCUGGGUUGUCUGCUCAGGCAGAGGCAGCUAGGGCUGAGGGAAGCCAGGAGGGUGUGCGGACCUUCCUGAGGUCCGAGGAGUUCAGGGGCGACCUGGCCAUCCUGAAUACCCCCGUUCUGCAGCACGGGUAUUCCCAGGCCCUGCAGGAAGUGCAGGGGCUAGGGCUACCCGGGUUUGACCUGGGAAACUUUCCCAGCUACAAUCCCCUAGCUGUGGAGCAGCUCGACCGCCUGGUGGAGGGCUAUACGCACGGGCGGAAGCUGGUCGACCUGGUUGCCGACCCCCUGCUGCCAGUGACCACUCCUGAAUCCGAGCAGGAGGAGGAGGAGGGCGAAAACUAG